UAUAUAUGGAAGUGUGCAGGGUGAGGGAGCUAGAGAGGUAGACGGCCGUGGAAAGGCUGCGACAGCUGAUUUGAUCAUGCAUCACCCGGUCGGUGUGAAGACUGCCGUAUCAUUGCAUUUGCAGCAGAAUUGGCAGAAUCAUCAUAUUCAGCCUGAGGCCGGGGGAGAAUGUGUGUGUGUGUGUGUGUCUGUGUAGGUGUUCGUAUGAGAGAGAGUGAGAGUGAGGAGGUGAGGCAUUAAUUUUGCGUUGCGCAGGAGAGUGAAACGUGCGACGUUCAAAACUCGACAAAUGUGACUUUUGACAGUUGGUUAGGAGAGCGGAGUGAAUUGGGGCGUGUGUGAGCGUUAGGUGUGUGGCAAGUGUGUUUGGUGUGGUGGUAGGGUUCUUGACGCUGGGUGGUACUUACAAGUGGGAGUUUAUGGGACUGUGAAAACCAUCGUUAGUGUGUGUGUCUGUGUGUGUGAGUCUGCUCUCGUUGGAGUUUGUUGGAGUUGCAAGAGUGACCAGAGCCGCAUGAGCAAGGAAUUACGUGUGGAACUGAAUUGCUGACCAAGUUGCUCCUAGUCUCAUCCCACUGAUGGAGCUAAUUGGGGGGCAGGGGGAGAAUGAGAGCCUUCUGAUUUGUCAUUAAAGAAGUCCGUGUUGUGAAAAUCUUUGAAUCUCGUUGCACUCGAGAAUUUGUAAGUGGAAAUUCUUCGACGACAAUGGACAAGGAGAGAUAAUGGGAUAGAUCACCAGCUGAACUCUUCGGAGAGAAGUUUCUACGAUCUUCCUACAAGAAGUUGAAGACCCGGACACUAACGGAUGUUGUGUCACACCCUUGGUCUUCUGUAGGUGGGAAUUAUACGGUCGGAGUGAGGGGAAGGCUUCUUCUCAGUGAUUACUCAUUUGAUCACUGUAAAAGCUAUCUAAGCAUAGCACAUUUUGGAUGGAGGAACAUCUAUGGUCAAACGUCCAUAGUCUCCAGUAGGUCAGAGGCUGAGAAACUUCAUGCAUUUUUGUGCCUGAGCAGCUAACUCCCUCAGCGAACGCAAAGAGAUUAGACGUCUCACUUUCAAUCCGACGUCUUGAUUCACAAAUUAUCGCUAGUUAAUUUGGAGCCUGACGUACGAACACUUGUGUGCCACAUUUUGUGACGUAUCCAUGUAUUGAACAUGUGCUGGGUACGAGCAUCAGUACAGUUCUGUGGAGAAAGGAGGUCCCCCGGAAAAUUGUAAUGAAAGUGCUAGACUGCGUCAACUGCUUCGAUUUCUGCGGAUACCAUAUGGUAGAGUAGUGUUACUGCUACUGGGUAGAGUUUGUGAAAGCGAGAAUAAUAAAUUGAAGGGUCAUUCCUCUUCGAGAAACUCAACAACUUUGUUCGAGUACGGAACAAGGCCCUCCUUGUAUAGUUGCAUCAUUCUUAGCUACGUUCGGGGUGCAUCCUCCGUGGCCUGCGUAUUCUAGAUAGAUAUGCUGGACAGUUUAUUCCGGAAAAUCUGCUGCUGGCUUCACGAAAUUUGUUUAUUGAUCACUUUGUAAGUGAGAACAAUGCUCAUGAUUCUGAAAGUUCGCUAUUUAAAUUGACGGCAGACACUCCGCAGUACUCUCGAAUAGAGGUUUUGCUAGGGUGGCCAUUUUAUUGUAGGCCGAAGUGAGGUACAUAUUUAGUUUUUGAAGUGGUAAUAAAUUUGACAGAAUGAGGGACAGGUUGGGUGGAACCAUUGCCUUCUGUUUUCGAGUCAUCACAAUCGUCUUGUUCUUGUUGCAACGGACCCUGUCAGUCGCAAUUUACGAUGAGCGCCUCGCCCUCAUAGCUUUGAAAGCAACAAUAGAUGAUCCUGAAUCGCACCUGGCCGACUGGGAAGUGAAUGGAACAUCUUCUCCGUGCCUGUGGACAGGUGUUGAUUGUAACAAUUCAUCGUCGGUUGUGGGCUUGUAUCUGUCCGGUAUGAAUCUCUCAGGAACAAUAUCUUCUGAGUUGGGAAAUCUGAAGAACCUGGUCAACUUAUCCCUUGAUCGCAACAACUUCACAGAAGACUUGCCUGCUGAUAUUGUAACACUUACUCAAUUAAAGUACUUGAAUGUUUCGACCAACAGCUUCGGUGGUGCCCUUCCUUCAAACUUCUCGCAGCUUCAACUUCUGCAGGUCCUGGAUUGUUUCAACAACUUCUUCUCAGGACCAUUGCCACCAGACUUAUGGAAAAUUUCCACCCUUGAACACGUAAGUCUGGGAGGAAAUUACUUUGAGGGCAGCAUACCUCCCGAGUAUGGAAAAUUUCCAAACCUCAAGUACUUCGGCUUGAACGGAAACUCUCUUACUGGGCCCAUUCCGGCUGAGCUAGGCAAUCUUACAGGUCUACAAGAGCUUUACAUGGGCUAUUAUAACAACUUCAGUUCGAGCAUCCCAGCCACUUUUGGCAAUCUCACAAAUUUGGUCCGUCUUGACAUGGCCAGUUGUGGCCUGGUUGGAGCAAUCCCACAUGAGCUAGGAAACUUGGGACAGCUUGAUACCCUUUUUUUAAUGUUGAAUUCACUGGAGGGACCAAUACCAGCCUCCCUAGGUAAUCUUGUCAAUCUGCGGUCUCUAGACCUCUCCUACAACAGACUGACAGGCAUUCUACCCAACACUUUAAUUUAUCUCCAGAAACUUGAACUAAUGAGCUUGAUGAACAAUCAUCUCGAGGGCACCGUGCCAGAUUUUUUGGCAGAUCUUCCCAAUUUGGAGGUCUUGUAUUUAUGGAAGAAUCAGUUGACAGGGCCGAUCCCAGAAAACCUCGGCCAAAACAUGAACCUUACUUUGCUGGAUCUAUCCUCAAACCACCUAAACGGCUCAAUUCCUCCAGAUCUCUGUGCAGGCCAGAAACUUCAAUGGGUUAUUCUAUUGGAAAAUCAACUAACUGGGUCGAUCCCAGAGAGCCUCGGGCACUGUCAAAGUCUCACAAAACUAAGACUUGGUAUUAAUUCUCUGAAUGGAUCAAUCCCUCAGGGCCUCUUAGGCCUUCCCCUGCUAGCAAUGGUAGAGAUCCAGGAUAAUCAAGUCAAUGGUCCCAUACCAUCGGAGAUCAUCAAUGCUCCCUUGCUUAGCUACCUCGACUUUUCCAAGAACAACCUUUCAAGCAGCAUACCUGAAAGCAUCGGCAACCUUCCUAGCAUUAUGUCCUUCUUCAUUUCUGACAAUCAUUUUACAGGACCCAUUCCACCGCAGAUCUGUGACAUGCCAAACCUCAACAAACUUGACAUGAGCGGGAACAAUUUAUCAGGUUCCAUUCCAGCUGAGAUGUCAAAUUGCAAGAAGUUGGGGUUGCUGGAUGUAAGUCACAACAGCCUCACUGGAGUUAUCCCUGUUCAAAUGCAGUUUAUUCCGGAUCUUUACUACUUAAAUCUCUCUCACAAUGAACUUUCGGGAGCCAUUCCCUCGAAGUUGGCGGAUCUCCCAACGCUGAGCAUCUUCGACUUCUCCUACAACAACCUCUCUGGUCCUAUCCCUCUUUUUGACUCUUAUAAUGCGACUGCAUUUGAGGGAAAUCCGGGUUUAUGUGGAGCGUUACUUCCACGGGCAUGUCCUGAUACGGGAACUGGGAGCCCAAGUCUUUCGCACCACCGCAAGGGUGGAGUGUCUAAUUUGCUAGCCUGGCUGGUUGGGGCCCUGUUUUCGGCCGCAAUGAUGGUGCUCCUUGUAGGAAUUUGCUGUUUCAUCCGCAAGUACCGAUGGCAUAUUUACAAGUAUUUCCAUCGAGAAUCGAUCAGUACAAGGGCGUGGAAAUUAACUGCCUUUCAACGUUUAGACUUCUCAGCUCCACAGGUACUUGACUGCUUGGACGAACACAACAUCAUUGGUAGGGGCGGCGCGGGAACUGUAUACAGAGGUGUCAUGCCGAGUGGAGAAAUAGUGGCUGUCAAGAGGCUUGCAGGAGAAGGCAAGGGUGCCGCACACGACCAUGGAUUUUCAGCGGAGAUCCAGACUCUAGGGAAAAUUCGUCACCGUAAUAUUGUGCGACUCCUAGGCUGCUGUUCAAACCAUGAGACCAACCUAUUGGUUUACGAGUAUAUGCCUAAUGGAAGCCUUGGCGAGCUUCUUCAUAGCAAAGAUCCAUCUGUCAACCUGGACUGGGAUACCAGAUACAACAUCGCAAUCCAGGCUGCACAUGGUCUUUGUUACUUGCAUCAUGACUGUUCUCCAUUGAUAGUUCACCGUGAUGUCAAGUCGAACAAUAUAUUACUGGACUCUACUUUCCAUGCUCGUGUCGCAGACUUCGGCCUUGCAAAGUUGUUUCAGGACACUGGCAUUUCAGAAUCCAUGUCGUCCAUUGCUGGCUCCUACGGUUACAUCGCGCCUGAAUAUGCUUACACAUUGAAGGUAAACGAGAAAAGUGACAUUUACAGCUUCGGGGUUGUUCUCAUGGAGCUACUAACCGGGAAGAGGCCCAUUGAGAGCGAGUUUGGCGACGGGGUAGAUAUUGUGCAAUGGGUUCGACGAAAAAUACAAACAAAAGAUGGAGUGCUGGACUUGCUGGACCCAAGGAUGGGAGGUGCAGGUGUUCCACUUCAGGAGGUUGUAUUGGUCCUGAGAGUGGCGCUACUAUGUUCAAGCGAUUUGCCCAUCGACCGGCCGACAAUGCGGGAUGUAGUGCAGAUGCUGUCAGACGUCAAACCGAAGAAGAAAGGGAGCAGCCUUGGGGAUUCUCGGGAGCUUUCAGCUCUUGUAGGCAUGAAGGACGAGGAUCUUCACCAGGUUCUUGUGUGUGUGUGAACCUCUAUCAAUCGCUGAACGUUAAGAUUCAAUCAGGCUCAAAAAGAGGAGACUUCUAGUUAGAUGAAUUAUACUUAUCUCCAUUCGAACUUAAAAAGAUUGGAUUGUAUGGAUAGUUUACCCUGAGAUUUGUAAUAUGGAACAUUAGCCUCGAUUAAGUGUAUUCGUUCCUGAUCCACACAGCUUCAGAAAAAGUUAAGAUCUUUCUUUGGGCACCUCUUAAAUACAAGUGUAUUUAUGAGUACAUUAUAAAGCCAGGGCAAUAGAUUAUCGCAUCGUCUCCAGGAGUUGCGGCACCCAAAUGAUCAUGAGAUGGAAAAGAUUAUAACCUGAUGAUUAUUUAAACUA